AUGGAGGGUCUGGGGGCAUUCAUACAGCAAGCACAAGACCAUCCUUUCGUCACUCUGGUCGGGUUCACGCUCGUGGCGACAUUGGCUGUCUUUCCCGCGGCGAGACUCAGAAUGGUCAGGCCGAAAUACUGGCACUCGACCAAGUCGCUGAUAUUGAAGACGAAAGACGGCCGAUCAACCUCCUUUGCAGACUUGUGCAAAUCUCUUAUUCCACCAUGCCGACUCAAUCCUCUUCUCUUCAACGGUCAUCUUCAGACCAUCUGGACAAUCUUAACCCGAGAGUCUGUGCCAAUCUACUACAAGCGCAGAAUCUUUGAAAAUGAGGACCCGAUCUUCACAGGCCAGUUCUCGGUUGACUUUGUCACAUCUCCCAACAAUGACUUUGACCCGAAUCUACCGUCUCGCACGACUUACUUUACAGAACAAGAGUUCCAGAACAUUGGCUCCCUCGACAAACGCCCGAUGCUAGUCAUGCUCCAUGGAUUGAGUGGCGGUUCCCACGAGCUCUAUCUUCGCCAUGUUCUGGCACCUUUGGUCGGAGAGGGGGGUUGGGAAGCUUGUGUGGUCAUUUCUCGGGGUUGUGCCAUGACUAAAACUACCAGCAGUGUGCUGUACAACGCACGAGCCACCUGGGACAUGAGGCAGACGGUUAAGUGGCUGAGAAAAACUUUUCCCAAUCGGCCUCUCUUUGGAAUGGGCUUCUCUUUGGGAGCCAACAUCAUUACGAACUAUCUCGGCGAAGAAGGCAGUGACUGCCCACUAAAGGCAGCGGUUAUCCUGUCCAACCCGUGGGAUCUCAAUGCCGCAAAUCUUGCACUGCAAAGAACAUGGUUCCACCGAAACGCAUAUUCCGCCAGCAUGGGCCGGAGUAUGAAGAGGCUCUUCGAGAGCCACGUCGACCAGAUCUCCCAAAACCCCAAGAUCAACGUGGACCUCGUGCGAACAGUGAAGUAUCUUCAUGAAUUUGAUCGCUACGUCCAAGGUCCCACAUGGGGUUAUCCCACAGAAGGAGCAUAUUACCGUGAUGCGUCGUCGGUCGAUUCGGCGUUGGCCAUCAAGGUCCCUUUCCUGGCAAUACAUGCUGAGGAUGAUCCGGUGACGGCAAGUGAGGCCCUGCCGAGGGAAGAAAUGCAACAGACUCCUUAUGGGGUACUCUGUACGACUCCCGGUGGGGGUCAUCUGAGUUGGUUCGAGCUCGGUGGCCGGCGAUGGUUCGAAAGAGUGACCACAGCAUUCUUCCAGACCAUGGCCAACGACAUUCAAUUGGACGCAAUUUCCAAAGCCGACGGCGACGACGCUCAACUCGAAGGUCAAAUCUCUCGUGGUGAACGACAGCCGUUGAGGCCUGUCUUUGAGCCCAUGCGGCGGAAGAUGCAUGUCCCAGGCUUAUGA